AUGUUGGAAGGAGAAAUAUUUACAGAUUGUGUUAUUAAGAUUGGUGAAGAUUCUAUAAAAACACAUCGUUGUAUUUUGGGAAGUAAUAGUAAAGUAUUUCAAAAAAUGUUCGAGCACAAUGGAAUGGUUGAAGCGCAAAAUGGUGAGGUUAUAAUUUCUGAUUUUGGCCCAGAAUGUGUUAAUGCAAUGUUAGAGUUCUUUUAUUAUGGCAAAAUAAAAAAAAGUUUUUCAUUCGAAAAUAUUCUUUACUUUUAA